CGCAGAUGGGCGCGACCAUCAAGCUCGAUCUCACCUCGGACGUAACGCACCUCAUUGUUGGCAACACCGACAGCGCCAAAUACCGCUAUGUCGCCAAGUCGAGGGAGGAUGUCAAGGUGCUGUCGCCAGCGUGGCUCGGGGCGCUCCGAGAUGUCUGGAUCAAGGGAGACGAUAAUGUGGACAUGGCUGCGCUGGAAGCAGAAUAUCGACUUCCUACGUUCUUUGGGCUGAAGAUUUGCCUCACUGGUUUUGACAACCCGGAGCAACGAAAGCACAUUCAGGAGACAGUCGACAAGAACGGGGCCGAGUACCAUGGCGACCUGACCAAGUCUGUCACACAUCUCAUUGCAUCUACACCCACGGGCAAGAAGUACGAGCAUGCGCUCAAUUGGCGCAUGAAGAUUGUGUCGCUGGAGUGGUUCGAGCAGAGUCUUGAGAGAGGUAUGGUCCUCGAGGAGGCCCUCUUCAACCCUACAACGCCUGCUGAAGAUAGAGGGAAGGGUGCGUGGGACCGCAUACAAAUCACAUCGCCUGUCCUGGGCAAGCGUAUGCGAGACGCAGAGCCUAGCCCGGCGCUCCAUUCUUUCCGACGAAAGUUGCGACGUUCUGCGAGCACCAAAAUGGGGAGUCAGAGUCAAGCGUUAUGGGCUGGCAUCACGUCGGCAAGCUUGGAGGUACCGAGAGACGAAGAGGACGAUUGGACUGAAAACGUCCCCGCCAACCAAAGCGUGUCCCGAGCUCACUCACCUACAACACUAGCAGGAGAGACCGCUGCUUUGCAUGCUGAGUCGCAUCCUAACGCAGAUUCUACGGAGGAUCUCAGUGGGCCUCCGUCUAUACCUCUUGGCGACGAUGCCCACGAGGGGGUGUUUGGAGGGCGCAUCGUACUUACUCACGGCUUCGACGAAGAGAAGACCAAAAUCCUGCGAGAGCACCUGGACAGCAAUGGCGCACGCAGCAUUCUGAGCGGUGACAUUGACAGUGUCUCGUCUGACGAUCUGAGACGGGGUUAUCUCGUAGUUCCUCACGAUACAGGGGCUGAUCUUUCGUCUCUUCCAGACCGCGCCCGAUCGAGUCUAAACUUAGUUACCAAUUGGUGGGUCGAGCGCUGUCUUUACGGAAAGCACCUUGUCGACUCUGAGGAAGACGUGCUAAGCAGACCCUUUGAUAAGUUGAGCGUUAGCGGUUUCUCCGGCCUAACGGUAAACUCCACCGGCUUCGUGGGUAUUGAAUUGUUACAUGUAACCAGAGUGGUUACACUUAUGGGUGCUACGUAUGAUGAGCAAACUUCGCGAAAGGUCUCGGUCAUGGUCUGCAGUACUCGGAACCCAAACGUUCAAAAGUUGAAGUUCGCUACAGACUACCGCAUACCUGCUGUGCAUGCAACAUGGCUCUGGGAAUGCGUGCGCACGGGUCAGUUGCAGCCAUACGGCGACUACAUGCUGAAUACGCUUACGCCACCGCAACCUCAGAGGCCGAAACAACAAAACCGACCGUCUCAUGGCGACCGACGUACUGUGUCCGUUCCUGAGCCCAAGCUCCAGCAGAAGAAAGCGCAGGUGGUAAAGAUGAUAACCAAAUCCCAAGGCGCACAGCGCUCACGUGCGCUCGAUCUUGCUCCUUCGGCAGAUGCGACACCUACCUCCACAACGAACUCAGCGAUACACCAAAACGAUUGCACUAAUUCUGCAGGUUUGUUUGACGAUGAUGCUCCUCUGGGUGGAUUUGAUGGCGCAGCGUCACUUCCGCUGCGGGACAUCAGUGCCAACUCACCGAGGCGGCCCUCAACAUCAUCCACAGGCUCAGGCACGCACCUCAAGAACAAAGCAAGUACUAGGGAGAGAAGCUCAUCAGCGGAAUCUCUGAUCAGAGCUACAUCUGCGCCUCGUAAAUCCAAAGCCGCACAAGAACUGACACCCGACUCCGUAACUUCCGCACCUGUCUCCGCCAUCCCUGAAUCUGUCGUACCAAUCCAACAGAAACCACCUCCAGGUGCAGAAGAAGAAAAAGACUACUCCGACAUCCUCGCCAAACUCCGCGCAAACCGUAAAGCAACACCCACACCCGCAGACCAAGCCGGUGAAAAACGCCGCAAACGGAAACAACUAGGACGUGCUACCUCUACUCGCUCGAAUCCGUCUGUGGGGGACAGUUCUGGAAAUCUUGGAGCUGAGGAUGAUGUUGAGGAGAGCGUGGUGGUAGAGGAGUAUCAACCGAGCCAAGAGUUGGGCUGGAAUUCACCAGGUGCGGCGAAGGCACGGGAGCAGAUGAUAAGGAAGCUGGGGGGCACAGUCGAGGAAAGGAAUGUGCUAGUCAAGGGGAUCGGGGAGGUCAGGGAUGUAGUGAGUGAAACAGGCGGAAUUGGAGGGAGAGUGGGGAGGAAGAGGAGAGGUUGAAGCUCGAUCAGUUACAUAUGGCGGUGAUUUUGGAUUUCGUGCAUAGCGUAUUGUAUGGGGUUUGCAUAGCGUGGCGUCCAUACUGCGUAUCAUUAGACGUCUCUCGUCUAUGACUUUCGGGGUACAUCUAAGACUUUCGGGGUACCUACGUGUGGCCCUUCCAUCUCAUAGCCCAUAUGUCACUUUCAACC